AUGGAAGAACUCACAACCACCCCCGAGUCAUCACUCAUAUCUACAGUUGCCACAAGGCCCCCAACCUUCCCUUUCGUGGGCCCCACGUCAUCAUCCCGAGUCGAGUCCUCCUCCGCGGCCCCUUGCAACUGCAGGGCACACUCCAAGUGCCACAACACGUCCCCCAUACUCGGCCGAUCCACCCCAUACUCGGCCAAACACUUCUCAGCCGCCUCCACAAACUUGCUCAAAGACUCCCCACAAAUAGUCCCCGCAAUAACCGGGUCAACAAUUUUCCCUAUCUCGCCCCUGGCAUUUUUCCUCCGGGCCCACUCGGCCAAGUUCACCUGCUCCCUCGGCAGGCCCGGGUCAAGCGCGGGCCUCGCGCACAGCACCUCGAACAACACGACCCCAAACGAGUACACGUCCGACUUCUCAGUCAGCUGCUGCCGCCUAAAAUACUCCGGGUCGAGGUACCCGAAACUACCCUUCACAGCCGUGCUGACAUGCGUCUGGUCUAGCGACCCGGGCCCGGCCCUCGAAAGCCCGAAAUCCGAAACCUUAGCCACAAAAUUCUCAUCGAGAAGAAUAUUCGUCGUCUUCACGUCCCGGUGGAUUAUACUCCCCUGCGCCGAACCCGUGUGGAGGUAA